UUCUCAAGAUAUCGUAACGAAAAUAAGUGUUCAUGCGACGUAGCUUUAACCGUGUCUUUGUUCUUUUGGAGAACUGUGCUCUUGUGCCUUAAUCCGAUUACUGAUAGCUGGAACGCGAGCAUAUCACGCGAUCGUUUGGAGUUACUAUGUAAAGUGAAGACGUCGACUCUUUAAUACUGCAACGAAGCCAAGGUUCGCGAACACGAAUGAGGGAUUCGUUCAAUGUGUUUAAAGAAUUCAACGAUAAAAAGUUUGUCACGAUUAUUCAAAUACCCAUAAUUACCGUUUAAGAAGUGUAAGAGUAUGCUGCAUUGAAUCAACGUGCGGGAUGCUGUGAAGAAGAGAGCGGAGAGGCGCGCAAAAAUUGUUGAUGGAAGAGAAGACAAACAAUAUUUUAAAUGAAUCAGGUGACAGUAAGACAAAGAAAAAUCAUCAUAAGAAGAAAAAGUAAAAGGAAAGAAAUUUGAAGAAACAGAAGACUCGGUGGACGAUAAGGUAAGACUUACGGAGGUAGGGUACAUAUCGCAUGGGCCUCCUCUUAAGUAGCAUAUUCAAUCUUGAGAGAGAUCAGGAGAGCAGGAGAAAGAGAGACCGUACAGUGACCCAGAUUUUAGCGGGUCGAACGAGACAGGCCGGUACGAAGAAGUCACGGUGGACUUUCUGAAAUGGGACACAGCGCAGCCUGGAGCUAAAUUAGCCGCGAUGUCCAAUAAGAGUAAGUCCCAGCCGCAGCAGCAGCAUCCUUCGCACGUGAUCAAGUCGGCAGUGGAGCAAGUGCCACCGCGAUAUCAGCCACCGCCACAGCCGAUCAGCGGUAUCCUCAAAAAUCAUCCUCACUUUGGUACAGGCCCUACCGUGCCAACCUCGGUGUCUACCUCUGGUCAAGGUCCUGUCACAACCUUGAAUCAUCACCAAUCCGUACAAUCACGAUCUGCACCGCAACAGAAGGAUGUACAAAGUAAAUAUUCGCCGAGGAUAGAGCAUCGACAUCAUCCUCAAGGCGGAAACACUUUGACUGCGCCCAUUCCAAAAACGCAGCCUCAUAGUUACCUUCAGGCCAAGGUCGGCCAAGGUCAGUACCUGCCACCUAACGGUCAGUAUCCCACGGUAAACACUGCACAGACACCGCCACUCAGACAAAGGAUCACCGACGACGAGUUUCUUAGACUCGGACCCGUGGAGAUGCUUAAGUUUGUCCGCAAGACUGAGAGCGAUAUCGCAAGGCUCGCCGCCGAGCAGAAUCGACAGAUACAGAGCUUGCUUAGCGAGCUCCGAGCACUGAAAGAGGCAAACCAAAGAUUAAGUGAUGAUAAUCAAGAGUUACGAGAUCUUUGUUGCUUUCUGGACGAUGAUCGUCAGAAAGGUCGAAAGUUAGCAAGGGAAUGGCAAAGAUUUGGAAGAUAUACGGCGAGUGUUAUGCGUCAAGAAGUAUCCGCUUAUCAGAAUAAAUUGCGUCAAUUGGAUAACAAACAGCAAGAAUUGAUAAAGGAUAAUUUGGAGCUAAAAGAACUUUGCCUUUAUCUAGAUGAAGAGAGAGGAGGUGGUCAAAGAGACGACGGAGAUGGUUCAAGUUCAAGUACCAAUGCUGAAGAAACCGCGCCCCCGAGACCAAGGCACACAUCUACGUUUAAUGACCAAACUAUGCAAUACGUAAGGAGUUUGGAACAACGAGUAAAGCAACUUGAAGAAGACAAAAGUGUUCUACAAGCACGAGCGCAAGGAUGGGAGGUACCACCUGGUGAAAUCUGGGAAAAUCAGAAUAGUCCAGGUGAUAAUCCUCAUAUAGGAGGUCGGCCAGAAGCAGUGGUGCGAGCUCUUCAGGUUCUCGAAGUUAGAGAACAACUAGAGAGAGAAGGCGGCCAUGACGGAGAGAAGGCUUUGGUCAGAGAAAUGUGCAAUGUGGUUUGGCGGAAAUUGGAAGAAGGUCCACAAACGAGGCAUUGAUAAUUGUAUUGUAAUCGUGAUUUGUUAAAUCAUAGUAUAGUUGUUGCGCAAUCCGUUUAUUCGAAUGGCGCAUUAAAUAGUAUUAUAGUAAUUAACGAGAAUGUUAUGAAUUUUAUAGAUUUAUACGCAUGUACCUACAAGUAUUUCAAUGUAAGAGUCAAUGUGCCUAGUUUGCAGUAUUUAUAUAAAUGUUGUAGUGUCGUUAGA